AUGACGAGUUCGAGACUGGUGGUUGCCCAGGCGCUGGCAUCAACCCGGCAUGUUCACAGCUCAAUUGGCCCUUCACCCUUUCUGAAAGGCUUCCAACACAGCCUAAGGCCUAUUGUUCCCACGGCCAUCAGCACUCAGCCCCGGGGAAGAAGAAGUGCUCACCAUCUUGCCUUUGUGCACGACUCAAUACAAGCCACGCAAGACCUCAUUCUCAAUUUACACGCCGUCACCCACACACCCUGGUAUGUUACCAUACCACUCGUGGCCCUGGGGGUCAACAUCCUCUUCAGGCUCCCUUUCACUAUCUACGCACAAAGAUUGGCCCAAAAGAGGAUCCAGCUCACCCCGCUGCUUCAAGCCUGGAAUAUCGCCCAUGCUCGCUCUCUGGCGAAGCAGUCCGUUCCUGCUGCUGAAAUGAGCACGCAUAUGACCAAGCACCUGCAGAAAACGUCGUCCAAGCUCUACAAGAAAUGGGGCGUCCAGCAGUGGAAGAUGUAUGGAAGCUUCCUCAGCCUGCCCUUCUGGCUCGUUGCUAUCGAGGCCAUAAGGAGGAUGUGCGGUGGCCCACGGGGUCUCCUCGGGAGUUUCCUGUUUGGAAGGAAGGAGGAGGUGCCAGUGGCUGAUGUCGACGCCGCCACUCUCUCCUCGUCAGCACCAACCGACGUCGUGUCAGCGGUUGAUAUCGCCCCUGCCGACGGCGGUCCCCUACAAGAUGUCGCCCAGCACAUCACCUCGAGCAUCGAACCCAGCCUCUCGACCGGCGGCUGCCUUUGGUUUCCCGACCUAAUGGCGGCGGACCCAUAUCACGUCCUCCCAGUAGCACUGUCCGUCAUGCUGGUCAUCAACUUGAUGCCUCGGACUGAGGCCGGAAUCCGUCGUCUUUUCGGUCUCGAACCCAAGCCGGACUAUCCUGGGCAACCCCAAACGCCAGAGACCACUCUGGCAAGGUCAAUGCGUGGCUUCCAUCGAAGUAUGCUCAUCGUGGCAUCGAGUGUCGGCGUGAUCACCAUGGAUUUGCCGAGUGCGCUGCAUCUGUACUGGCUGUCUUCGGCCGCAUUCAGUUACCUACUCAGCAAUGGUGUGCACUAUAUCAUACCAAUCCGGAAAUGGCCCAUCGAACCUUGCAAAGGAAGGGAGCCAUUCUUUGUAUUGCCCAAAAAGGCAUGA